AUGCGGUUGCCCGUUUUAUGUCUCUGCUUCCAGCUCUUGAUUUCAUUUAUCGCGACCUCUUGUGCAAGUUACAGUCGUUACGGGUCUCGUGCCGUCAACCAAUCGCAUCUGGGCGCUGCUCAUCUCAGUACGGCUGCAACCACCUGCUUCGUCUCGUUCGGCGGAUCGGAUACAUUACGCAUUCAGCGUCACCAAUAUCGUGAUUCGAGUUUGUGCUCCUUGGCCGAGUACGCAAUGGAUCGCAAGAGGGGUCUUGGUCCCAGCGCUUCGCGUCGCUGGGGACGUCGACUCGACCAGGAGAGGAAGCACAACUUCGGCAACGUGCCCGGUAACGAGGAAGUUGGCGGAUGCAACCCGGAAUACAAGUUUGCCGAGAGCUACCUCGAUGAGGAAGACGGGGUGUUGCAAUGGCCGCCACAGAACAUGCAGAUCCACACAAGUAACCUGAUCAAUUACCUGAAAGGGAAGGAUGGUGGACCAUACGGUUCUUACAAGAACCUGCAAGGUCAAUGGAGUGUGAUGGACAACACAGUUACUGUUAUAUUCGACAGGAUUCAGAGUGACCCUUUUGCUCCCCCGUCUAACCUUCGCAUCCGGGUGCCGAGUGCAGUGCAUAGAUUCCCGUCGGACGUGAUAUCCCCACGAUUGCGCAAUGUUGCCGCUUGUGAUGCUAUUGCUCGCCGCGUAUGCUCGGAAUUGCAGCGGCUUGACGCAGCUGAGACCGGCAGGACCCGCCGCACCGGCUUCGAGAUGACCAAACCCCGGCAAUAUGUGCUGGCCCGUAAGAACGUUGUACUGACAGACGAAUACCUGGAGGUGCGCAUGUACGCUCACAUGCCUGGCAACGGUCGGCGCGUCAACGGUUAUCACGCGGUGCACAUGUUUGCCGACGUGCUUCCGGCGCUCGUGCGUGGCGCAUUGCAAUACGGCGCCUAUGAUUCCAAGAGGUUCUACAACCACAUCAAGAGCGUUGAAGACCAGGAAUACCUUAGAUCGCAACUGGCGGCCCUGGGCCUGGUUGCCUUCGUGGCAGAUGGUUCGAUUCUGCCGCGUGAGAGCGGUAUCAGCGACAAGCCAAUGGCUGGCGACUCAGUGUUGCCUUUCAAGUCGCCGGAAAGUUUGCAAGUCGCUGUUACCCUGCCUAACAAGGGUCGUGUGGUCGGCAUGGGCCUGAAGCGUGGUGUCACACUGGUUGUGGGUGGCGGAUACCACGGCAAGACCACACUAUUAGAGGCGCUGCAGGUUGGCUGUUACAACAAGGUGCCUGGUGACGGUCGGGAGUUCGUGGUCACCUCUCCGAAUGCUGUGAAGGUGCGUGCUGAGGAUGGCCGCAGCGUCAGCGGCGUUGACAUUUCAACAUUCAUUGGCACCCUUCCAAACGGCAAGGACUGCCGAUUAUUCAGCACUCCCGACGCCUCGGGUUCCACUUCGCAGGCCGCCGGGAUCAUGGAAUCUGUCGAGAUGGGCGCCGACCUGCUGCUGCUGGAUGAGGACAUUUCCGCGGCCAACUUCAUGUACCGCGACAACCUGAUGGACGCCUUGGUCUGCAAGGGCAGUGAGCCGAUCACCACCUUCCUGCUGCUGGUUCAGGCAUUUUAUAAAAAGCUGGGCAUUUCGACGAUCAUGGUGUCGGGCUCCUGUGGUCUGUUCAUGGACCAGGCUGACACCGUCAUCCAGAUGAACCAGUACACCUGCCAGGACCAAACUCAAUCUGCACGCGAAGUAGCAUCGCGCUUCAAAGUUGACUUGCGUGAGCCAAUCGCCGCUGCCGUAGCCGGCAAUGACAUUUUCGAGACCUCUCAACUGAACGGUCGCGUUGUUUCGCCACAUACGUUCAAGCGUGAACAGCAAAAGGUGCGCCAACACGGCAUGGGCAGCAUACAGUACGGGACGGAGAAUAUUGACCUGGGCUUGUUGGAGCAGUUGGUGGAACCCGGGCAGACUAGCACUAUUACCAACAUUAUCAUCCACUUGGAGAACCUGUUCCGCGAAAACAGGAGCGCUGUGCAUAAUAAAACCCUCCGCGAGCUGCUCGAGCUCUUGUACUCCAAAUGGAGCAAAUCAAAUACCGUUGGGUACACCGGUCUCGACGAGGUGAACGGGUUCCGUCCAUUCCCAGCAGGUGACUGUUCGAUGCCGCGCAUCUUCGAAGUUGCUGCUGCACUGAACCGUAUGCGCAGUCUGUCGAUCUCUAGUUUCAAAAAAGACGAAUAUAAGCCUCAGGCUUACGGUGCUUUAUCAUGA